GGGAAAAAAACGUAUUUGUUGGUAAACGAGGGAUAAAUUACUGUAAUAGUACAUACAGAGUGUUUUAUUCGUUAUUCAGUGCAGAAUCACACCGCUGUUUCAUCCUCCUGCUCAGUAGAAGGCACUAAGUCUAGUAAACUCACUGAAAUGACUGGCUGAAGUUCAAAUAGAGUCCUGCUUCCUACAUGUCCGCACUCGGUCUGCGUUAGGACGUGUUAGCUCGUGCACCCUACCUAGUGCACUUGGUGUGUGAAUUGGGAUGCAGUCCGAAUAGAAAAGGAGCUUCCUGUUUCCAGGGACGUCUGCUGGAGGAGUGCUGCUGCUACAACAACAGGCGAGUGUCGUCGCUCCUGCCGUAUGUGUGAUCGAGAACAAGCGACAGAGCCAUGGAGCAAUGUGCGUGUGUGGAGCGCGAGCUGGAGAAGGUGCUGCACAGGUUCGUGACGUACGGACACCAGUCAGAGGAACGUCUCGACGAGCUGCUGAGGAACGUCUGCGAGCUGCGCAGCCAGCUGGUCACCUUCGGUGUACAGGAUACAGAUCUAUCAGUGCUUUCUCAGACCAUGGCGCAGUGCUGUAAGGAGAUCAAGGAGACGGUGCAGAUGCUCGCGUCUCGACACAAGGACAUCCACGGCAGCGUGUCCAAAGUGGGCAAAGCCAUCGACAGAAACUUCGACGCGGAGGUGAGCGCCGUAGUAGCCGAGACGGUGUGGGACUCGUCUGAGAAGCAGAGGAACCUGAGUGAGACCAUCGUGGAGCACCUGUACCGACAGGGCAUGCUGAGCGUCGCCGAAGACCUCUGUCAGGAGUCGGGCGUGGUCAUCGACAUGAGCAUGAAGCAGCCGUUUCUGGAGCUCAAUCGCAUUCUAGAGGCUUUACGGAUGCAGGACCUCCGACCGGCGCUAGAAUGGGCUGUGACGAACAGACAGAGGCUUCUGGAUCUGAACAGCAGUCUGGAGUUCAAGCUGCACCGGCUCUACUUCAUCAGCCUGCUGAACGGAGGUGUGGAGAACCAGCUGGAGGCUCUGCACUACGCUCGCCACUUCCAACCGUUCGCCGCCCAGCAUCAGAGAGAUAUCCAGGUGUUAAUGGGCAGCCUGGUUUACCUGCGGAACGGCAUCGAGAACUCUCCGUACCGCGGUCUGCUCGAGACCAACCAGUGGGCCGAGAUCUGCAACAUCUUCACCCGGGACGCCUGCGCCCUGCUCGGCCUGUCCGUAGAGUCUCCGCUCAGCGUCAGUUUUGCAUCAGGUUGCAUGGCCCUGCCUGUGUUGAUGAACAUUAAGCAGGUCAUCGAGCAGCGGCAGUGUAGCGGCGUCUGGACGCACAAGGACGAGCUGCCUAUCGAGAUAGACCUAGGAAAGAAGUGCUGGUAUCACUCGGUGUUUGCGUGUCCCAUCCUGAGGCAGCAGACGUCGGAGAGUAACCCACCCAUGAAGCUCAUCUGCGGUCACGUCAUCUCCAAAGACGCCCUUAACAAACUCACCAACGCUGGGAAGCUGAAGUGUCCGUACUGUCCGAUGGAGCAGAACCCUUUGGACGCUAAACAGAUUUAUUUCUGACGUCCCGGAGCGGAGCAGAUGAACGCGGCGAAGGCUCCUCGGAGUGGCUGAGUCGGAAUGAUCCACGUUCACGGCCUUCAGCGGCGGCUCGAACCGUGCAGCCGCCACAACCCCUCCCUGCCCUUCCCGAGUUUUUUAGUUGGUAAAGGCCGCGGUGGUCAUGACAACACACACCUGUAGAUCUGAGUCAGUUACGUGUACGUCACGAGGACCGAGCUCCACGGAUCAUUAGCUCAUAUAUGAUGCACUCAUUUAUGACUCACAGGCUUUUAUAAGUAUGCGUGGUUUUGUUUUUUAUUUUUCCCCUCUCUCUCUCUCUCUCUCUCUCUCUCUCUCUCUCUCUCUCUCGCCAUUAACGUUUUAAUUUUACUUUUCAGUAUGGUUUAAGAGAGCGAGGUGUAUGCUUGUGAACUGGUGUGACCUUCUUACAUCGUAUGUUUUCACGGUUUCUUAUUUACGAGAUAUUUAAACGACUAUAUUCUAGAGGCUUUCAGACAGAGGCUUUUCAGCAAGUGUAUUUACAGAGACGUAUUCAGCGAGGCCAGGAUAUGUGUUUUGGUUCACCAGGGCUUGUUGGCGAAGAGAAGACGGAUCGCGGCGCUCUCCGUGAUGGUUUAACGGUAAAAAGAUAAAUCUGAUUUAGAUCUGAGGGAUUUCUGGUUGAAAUAUCAGUGCGAUGAAGGAACCGUCGGAGAUGCGAAGCGAGCAGAUCGAUCUGAUGUUAACUGAUUCCUCAGAGUAAUAGAUGUGUCUUGCUUUGUGUAUAUAUUUAAGAAAAUAUUUAAAAGGGAAAAAAAAAAAAGUUACUACUGUGAACUAUGACAGUUGUUUGGGUUUUUUUUUUUGUUUGUUUGUUUGUUUGUUUGUUUGUUUGUUUGUGUCCCGUCCCCCCUCCGUCCCUCACGGCUAUGUUAUAAAGUAACUCGGUGUAACACGGAUCCCAUCAUCCAGCUGUGGAAAGAGACUAGCUCGUAAAGCCGUAAAGAGACGACCGUUGGACGAGUUGGUCUGCUCAUUUCUUUUUUCUUUUUUUUUUCCUUUUUUAAAUGCAGGGAAAAAUGUCAAUGUUAGCCCUCAGGGUAAUCAACAUAAUGAAAUUGCUUCCUGCUUUUGAACUGGGAUUAUCUGCGUGCGUGUGCGCGAACCUUAACGGAGCAAUUCCGCAGAAAUGACUCGUACACCACGUUCCCUUUACCGCAGAUGUAAUCGAUCAGCCAGGACAUGUUCUCACUAGAGCUCACGCGAUACCAACCUCCUGUCCCCAUAUCAGUCCCGAUACUUGAACAUUUGAGUAUUAGGUGAUUAUCUGGAUUCAUCCGACGUGUGAUGUAUGAGAGAGAGAGAUAUAGAGAUCAUUUUUGAAAUUUUAUUUAAAAACUAAGCUUUAAAAUGUAUUCGCUGAAUACAUGGCUGAAGUCAUGACUUGCACCAAACCGCAGCUUUCACACACAACUUGCGUUAUAAAUAUAUUGGAGUAUAAAUUAUAAAAUAAUAAAAAAAAAAAAUCCAAACCUGACAAAAUAUGUAAUUUGGUCUCUUUUAUAUGUGAACAUUUCCAGUUCCACAAAAAAACCUUUUCAAAUUCAUUCUCUUUCACUCUGAUAUUACCCCCCUUCCCCCCCUUUUUUUGGGGUGGGGUCUGGGUUCAGCCCGGAACUGAUCCUGGUUAUCGGAUCUCUCUCUCUCUCUCUCGCUCUCUCUCUCUCGCGCUCCUUUUCUCCCCUUUCUCCUUGUUUUUCUCGUUCUUCAUUUUCUUCCCUUCUUUCUUUUCCUCCUUCUCCAUCUCCUACUCUGACAUCAUCUUGUGGGCUUAACCACACCUUAAAAUGAGAGACUAGCUCGUAAAGCCAUAACCCCCCCCCCCCCCCCCCCCAAAAAGGUGAUUUUUCACCAGAUUAUUAACUUUUUCUUUAUUUAUUUCUUCUUAUUUUCUAGACGUGACGUACAGAAGAGUGUCUGCUCCCGUAUGAAACACUGUAGACGUUUUCUAGAUCAAUAAAUCUUCCAGUUUGAUCUCCGGCAUGAGAGACUGACUUGCUCCGCCUUUACCGAUCGCUUCAUCGGUCUACACAAGUCUAGUACAUCGGACACCAGACAUGUUCCGUUUGAUCGAAAACAUCUGGGGGAAAGUGUGUACGUUUCAGACUAUUAAGAACCAGCCGAGCUGAACCUGAUGGGUGAAUUUAGGGAUUUAAAAAGUGUACAGCGUUAAACUUCCUAACACGUGAGGCGAACAAACGUUUGGUCAUCUCCCGCAUGUCCUCCAGUUUAUUUUGCUUCAGUAGACAAUCAGAUUCAGAAUGGGACAGUCCUGAUUACGGCAGAGAACAGUCACGCCAGGCAAAAUCGGCCACCGGGCUGCUCAGCGUUGCGGUGUUUUACCCUGCUGGAUUAAAUGAAGCAUCUGCUUCCCGAAACUGUUCAUGAGCUGAAUCAGGUGUGUGUUCUCGAUGGAGAAACUGCUCAGGAUCUCAUGUUGAACCAGUGAUUUCAAAAUGUUCUUGUGAACUUAACCACACUGAAGUGUCAUACACAAAACGCAUCAAUAAAAACCCUGGGGUUUAUACCGUUUUGUGCUUCUCCAAUACUCUCUCUGUAAUACAUUAUCGGGGGGUGUGUGUAAGGACACCGUGUUGGUCACGUUGUAGGGGUACACGUAGAGCGUGAAUCUCGUAUUGUGCCACGUGCUGUGCGUUUUAUUUCAUUUCUGGCCACAGCACAUACCCUAUACACACCAGAUGUCAAAUAUAUACGGCCUGUGGGUUCAUAUUUUCUUCCUUCUCCUCCCACCCACCUUCCUGUUUCUCUUUCUCUUCCUCCUUCUUCUUCCCCAGACUUCAAAUGCUCUCAGCUGCCUCCUCUUAAUAAAUAUCUUUGCAUUUAUUCUUUUACAGUAAUAAUGCAUGAAAAGUUGGUCGUACUCCCCCAGCACGAUUUUUCCACGAAAUCACCGAAUCAGUGUAGAAACCAUUCUCUAAAUUAGAAUUGGCUGGAGUAGGUGCCAGUCUCGGUUACUCCACUAGGGGGCGAAAUAUCCAGCUACUGACAAUGUGCUAGUGAGGUAACUCUUAAAACUUUCCAAAAAGAACUAAUUUAGUGCUUUCACAGCAAUGUCGACAUAUAAGUUGCAUAUUUAUACAUGUAUGGAAAAUUUUACGCACUACAGUCAGUAACUGUUACACCUACUACAUGACCUCAGCGGUCGGUGUGAAUCUGAUAAAGCGGCAGCUCGGUCUGCCGAACUGAUCGUAACUCAUAUUAACCCCAACUUUAAUUUAAACCUAGCCAGUGGUUCCCUUAUCAUGCUCAUCAUGAUUUCGUCCACUGAGGAGAAGUUAAGAUCUGAUGUAACCACUCAUAUCAUGCAGCAAAACCUCUCUCUCUCCUCUCUCUCCUCCCCUUUCCGAAGAACAUUCUGGUUUGAAACACACCACCAAGGCAUCAGGGAGUCCCAGCCUUCGAGCUUCAUUUUGGUUUAGCAAUAUAACAGAUCUGCGUUUCCUGCUAACUUCUAUUGUAAAUAUCUUUCUUCUAUCAUCAAAGUAUGUUUAUUAAACCUGCAUCUAAGAUAAAAGCAGAAUAAAAAACGUUUAUACAAAG